UUCAGAGUAGAAAAUUUACCAAACCAACCAAGAUAAAACCUGAAUUUAGAAAUGAAUACGUAUAUUAUUGCUUGUUUUUAGGAAAUAACCGUGAUUUUUGUUAAACUUAAUUGUAUUUAUAUGGUUGGUUUAUCGUUUUUGGGGAGUCACACCAUUUAAACGUAAAUUUUGUGUGCCUCCAGCCAGUGAGAAUGUGUGAGGAUGCAGAGCAGCAAGCCGAGGAGAUGGAAGUGUUGAAGUCUAUUUACGAGGGUGACGAGAACUUCAAGCAAGUCAAUCCUAAAACAUAUCAGUAUAAGUACAUUGAUGGUGAGAAGUCAUUUAUAUUAGAAAUAUCAUGGGGAGACACAUACCCCACAGAGAAGCCUAACUUUAAUCUGGAAAUCUUUUAUAAUCAACACCUAAUACCAGCAGUGAAGGACAAAAUCCUGUCAAUAGUAAAUGAGGAAGCGGAGCAAUGGCUGGGCUGCGCCAUGACGUACACGCUGUUCGAGUGCCUGAAGGAGCGCGCCGGGGACAUCCUGUCCGAGCAGGCGGGGGAGGCGAUAGUCGCGAGGGUCGAGAAGAUAGUUAUUGAGGACCAGGAGUCGGAGUCGAAGCAGGUGGAGAAGAAGGAGCAGCUGACGAAGGCGCAGAAGCGGCGCGCGUGGGACCGCGCGGAGAUGGGGCGCGCGGGGGAGCGCCCGCGCGGCUGGGACUGGGUCGACAUCGUCAAACACCUCUCGCAAGUCCCGCACACGCACACGCCUACCGUGUAACACUUACACCUACACACGACCUGCCGCUGCCGCGAAACACUGGCGGACCUUAGGGGCCGCGGGCCGGGUCGACAUCGUCCAACACAACAAUAAGCUCCCCGUCAGCCUGCUCACUACUGCGUGACCGAACACCGCUUAAGAUUAUUAUAACGUGACCUUAGCAAUGCUUUCAUUAAAAUUCCCAUAUAUAGUCGGUAAUAUCAGAUAUUACGUUUGGUAUUUUCAAAUUUAAGGAUACGCUCAACGAUUAAGUUAUGAAAUUGUACGCAUUUAGAAAAGAUUUCCAUAAGUAAACAAAAAACUGUAGUAACAAUUUCUCAACUAUAUGCCAUCUUAGUAAGACUAGGCGUCUUUGACCAGCUCUAAGGGCGAGCAGUGCGCGCUUGCACCUCUAUAAUAGACGCCUAAAGACGCCUAGUCUUACUAAGAUGGCAUAUAGUUAAGAAAUUGUGACGGGGUACCGCCGUGGCGGGGUGGCCUAGGGGUUCAUGGAGUUAACCGCGAUAGCUAAAGACGCCGGUUCGAAUCCGGCCUUCACCACUGGAGAGCUUCGUCACUGUUUCUUUAAUAUCUAUUACAGUUUUUAAUUUAUAUAUAUUUAUAUAUAGUAGUGCGACUACUUAAAAAAAAAACAAAUCAAAAUAUUUAAUAAAAUAAUUUGAUUUGUUCCCAAACUUGUUCAUUAGUAAACAACGGCGUAAACUGCGCUAUUAGGAUGUCUUCAUUUAACAUGCUCAACUCUUCAUGAAAAGUAGCGCGCGUUUAAGAAUAUCCUUCU